UCCAAUAUGGCGGUCACUUAGUUAAAUGUUUUCUUAAGAAAAGGAGUUAAGUUAAGUACAAUGAUUGUGAAAUGUUCACUGGAGCCAUGAGCAAUUUAAAUGUUGAUGCCAAACACAUUCUUAUCCCAAUAUCAGCUAUAUCCCCCUCAACUGAUAUUGCUCCAAGUGAGAAUGAUCAAGAAUCUCCUAGACCCCAAUUAUCUUUCAAAAGCAAUGAUGAAGAAAUAUUGAGAGAAGUGGUAAGCCACUCUAAUUAGACUUUAACUUUAAUUCAUACGCUUUUUCUACUUACUUAGUUAACUAAAUACUUUUAAGAAAUAAGACUUAAGUAAUCUAAUUAAUUUAUUAGACCAGUGGUUUCCAACCUUUUUGACUCGAGGAGCUCUUUUAAGAAAUAAUUUCUACAGGGAGCCACUUGGUUGCUUUGGGCUUUGGGUCUAGUCUCUAGUCUAUGAAUACUAUGAUGCACAAUGCCAAUAUAACGUCAUGUCUAAACUAACAAUCAAACAAGUUAAUUGAUUAGGUCUAAACUAACAACCAAACAAGUUAAUUGAUUAGGGUUAUGUAAGAGUAUGAGUUUCCCAGGAGCAGCGAAGGACCCCCUAAGUAGGUACUUUGACAUACAUUUUUUAUUUUGUCUGAUUGCCAAAAAUGAUACAUCAUUUUAAAGUUAUAGCGUUUAUUUUUAAUUGAAGUGGAGUUAGAAUUUUUUUUUUUCAUUUUUAAAAGCCUCUUAUUUAUCUUUGACCAACUUUCCAAACUUCUGCCUUAUUUGGCCCACAACUUUUUUAUUUUAAAAGAUAAUGUUAACAAAUUUUCAUGAGACAUUGUCAAUGCAAUGUAAGCUUCAACACAAUUAACAACACAUUUUUUACAUAACAUCAAGAAUUUUUACUUUUUAUAAUUUUAUUUGAGGAUAGUUCAAAAGAUCAUGAAAAGAUGAACUAGUAAAUGAUUAGGCCUACUUAUAGAGGGAACAAAAAUAUAUCUUUAUUGUAUUUUAAUUAAAAAUGCUUUAGUUAAAUUUUAAAUCAUUGCUAAUAUUUAUAAAAGGUAAGUCAAAGUCAUUUUUUAAAAAUAAAAUUGAAUUCAUGAAAUUAUAAGAAAAUAAUAAUAAAUCCCCCAUACCACUAAUAUUAAAUUAGAGUAAGAGGAUACUAGUAUGUGAUUGAAAGAUAGUGAGGAUGCUCUGCCUGUCAUUUUCUGGAUAGACUGCUCUCCAGACUUCUAUGUCUUGUUGAUGAAUCCCACAUUCUCUCCUUCAUAAAAUUUGUCAUUGCCAUCUUCAUACAAAUAUGCCUCAUUGGCUUUGAAAGAAAUUCUAAGUUCUGCAAUUAAAAUUUUCUUUUGUACCUAAAAUCAAAUCAUAAUACUGAAUCUAUACAAUUUCUACUUUCUUUUUAAUAUUAUUCAAGUUAUGUGUUAAUCAAAAUAUAUUUCGUUUUGUUUAUUUUAUUAGAAAUCUUAAAUAUUUGUCGAUGUAAACUGUUUUCCUAUGCCUAUGUCCUAAUAAAAAUACAAUUACUAUGAUGAUGUUGAGUCUUAUCUAAUUGAUUUGAAGUCUUUUAAUAAAAAUUUUAUGGGCUAAUUUCUAUAUUAUUUUACUUUUAACAAGUCAUAGAAUGACGCAAUUUCCACUAAAAUAUACUUAGUAGUGUAUCAGUAUGCUUAGCCUACAUUAUUCAAAAUUAUUGGAAUAAUAAUUAAUAAAUAGUAUUAUUAAUAGUUAUAGUGCUAAAAUCUUUUUUUUUAAUUGUGUUAUUAUUCAAUUAAUUAUAAUUAAUUAAAAUACUGGUAAUAACUAUGCCUAUAAAUAUUAUUGUAUAAAUCAAGGCACAAAACAAGUCCGAAAUUCAUCAGACUACACAAACUAACAAUAUGAAAUACGCUUCAAUUUAUUGGGUUUUUAUUAAUUUAUAAUAAUAUUGUAAAACCGUUUUCCAUUUAUUAACUGAUUAGUGUUCCACAAUUUUUAAAGAAAAGCAAAAAUGAAAAUAUCGUUAAGUUAAAUUGAUAAGAAGAGCCAUUUCUGACAACCCAAUUAAAAAAAAAAAAAAAAAAAAAUUUUGUGAGUGAAAAAAGGGAGGUUGGGGUGUGACUCGGGUGACUACAGAUAUUUUAAUUUUCGUACAUCUUCCAGUCUGAAAUGCAUAACUUUUUUUCGCAAUUGCUAUUGUUAACAAAAUAAAGUUAUUCCUAUUUGUAAAUGAAUGGUGCAGUAUUGUUAUAAACUGCUCUAUUUGAAUUUUAAAAUAGAAAAUGUUAAGCCAUUAAGUACAUACCAAUAUAUCAGAGUAAAUGCGUUGCCAGUCACAAAAGCCACCAUGCUGAAAAAAUGAUAUCACCAUGUUUGUAAAAAUAUACACUCUAUGUCACUGUUGACAAAUUAAUAUAUUAUUAGAAAAGUGAUGUAAAAUGCAAAAAAGCUAGUUCAUUGUCGAGUCGAAUGCUAUAUUCACACUAAAGUUUUUACGUCAUUUUUCUACAUGCCCAGAACACUUGCGUAAGUGAGUAUCAUAGUACCUACCCUUAUAAGUGAUUUUGGAACCCUCGAAGGGUACUGUGGAACACUGGUUGGGAACCACUGUAGUAGACCAUUUACUUGAAAAAUAAGACGUUAAGUUAAGACCAUUAGUAAUACUAAUUAGUGAGUUAAAUACUACUAUUAGCAGUCUAUAAAAUAUUUAUUUUUUAAUGAACAAAUGCAUUAUAUAGAAAUUAAACUACUUUAAAAUUCAUCAUGACAUAAAAAAUGUGUUAAUAUUAAAACUAAGGCCUAUGUGACAUAGCCCUAUUUAUUAUUAUUUAUAAUUAUAAUGUAAUUAUGUGUGGAUUUGUAUGUCUACAUUAAAGUGUUAUUUUAUCAUGUGUCAAUUUAGUUUAUUAUAUUCUGCUAUUAUAAUAAUGGAUAAGUCAGUAAACAAAUCACAAGUUAAUUCAAUAACAUAAUACUUUUCUUGUGGAUAAAAUGUUUGGGUUCUUCCACCGUAAUUAGGCUUAACAUGAAAAAAAUAUGUUUCAUCAAUUGUGACACAAUUACUAUUGCUAUCCAUUUCAGUGUUUAAAUAAUGGCAUCAACUAUAAAAAGCUAUAUUUGGAAGGCCCUGAGACAACAGUUUUGGAAAUGUUUUUUUCUGGCUACCCUCGACUUAUUGGAAUGCAUCAUUUUCCUAACUUGACAACACUCACUGUUAUUGGUCAGAGUGUGUCACGGCUAGAGGGCUUAACUGAUUUACCUUAUUUAGAUGAGUUGUGGGUGGCAGAAUGUCAGCUAACGGUUAGUAUCCUUGAAGAAAAAAACGAAUAUUUGUUGUAUCAUAUUUUAAAAUAAUGAAGAGAAAUAUUAGUAUUUUCCAUAUUUUAUUUGAUUAAAAAGAUUCCAUGAACAGUCUUCAACACUAAAUUUUGAAGAUAAAAAAAUAAAAAUUGAGGAAAGAAUGAAUUACAUUAAAAUUUAAUAUACCAAAAAAUAUUUAAUUGUAUACCAAAAUAAUUGGUGACAAAAGUUUUUUUUUUAAUGAUCUAACAUUACUAUAUUUUAGAAAAGAAAUACAUUUUUUUAAAGGGAAUUCUAGUGUGACAAUUUAAUUUUAAUGUGUUUAUCUUUUUCUUCAGAAAAUUGAAGGCUUAGAGAAAUGCAAGUCCUUAAUAAAAUUAUAUCUUUAUGGUAACAAAAUCUCAGUCAUUGAAAAUAUAAACCAUCUCCUCAAUUUGAAAACCCUUUGGCUGAACAAUAAUCUCAUAAGAAACAUAGAGGUCAGUGAUACAAUAGAAUAUAUAAAAAUGCAAGAAAAAUAAGCUUUUAAUAAUUGAAAUUCACAUGUUGAUGAUAUUUUAAAGCUAAUAUUUUGAAAAAAUGUGAUAGCUAUUUCACGUUUUUUUUAAAAUUCUCUUCAUUGCUUACUUUUAGAAAUUGAAUUAACAACUUUAUUUUUUUUUUUUUAACACAAAAUAAACUUUCAAUCUUUUGUACACCAUAUAUUCCUUUCAGAAUUUAAACACAUUAGGAAAACUGAAAGAGCUCAAUAUCGCUGAGAAUUUGAUAGAGAAAAUAGGUAAGUUACAUUAUUGUAAUGCUAAAAAUAAAUCUAUAGAAUUCCCUUAGUGAGCAUCUAACACCUCAAAACUCAGAACAUUGCAUUUUGUAUUUUAAUUACUGCAUGGAGUGUCCAUUGUACAAUUGUUUUAUUCUUCACCUCAGGCAAUGCUUUGGUAUAUAACAUUCAGUUAGAGGAAUUGAAUAUGUCAGGAAACCCAUUGUGGUCACUGAGGGUAUGUAUGAAAAGGAAAUAAUUAGUGCCUGCUGCACAAUGAGUGUAUGUUAUUAUUCAGUACUGUGUAACAUUACAUUAACUGACUGAAUAAAUCUCAUAUUGCCAUUAAUAAAAUCAACUUUUGAGACAAAGACGGAUUUGAGAAUAACAUCCUAUUUAAUAAAUACAAGUUUUGUCAUUAACUAUAAACCUGUGAAAUUAAUGGCAAACAUGUUUUAUUUAUAUUAGCAAGUUUUUGUUUUGUUUUGUUCUUGUUUCUUUUUUCAGGAUUUAACAUGUCUAGUCAAGCUACCCAAACUGACACGACUGAGUCUUAAAGAUCCUCUGUAUCAUUCCUGUCCUGCUAGUCAGCUAUGCAACUACUCGACUCAUGUCUUGUAUCACCUUCCCAAACUGACCUCACUAGAUACCAUAGACAUUACCUCCAAGCAGUUAGCUGAUCUGGCUGAGGUAAGUUCAGAAAAUGAAGUGAUGAAGAUUUCUCCAAUAGAGAAUGUAUAAAUUGUAUAAAAUAUCUGUAUGACCAAAAUUGUUUUACUCAUUGAUGUGGAAACUUUGUCAUGGCUGGUUCCAAGCCUUGGUGCAAAAAGAGAAGGGUUGGCUGGAGACCAGCUACCUGACCUGUAAAAAAAAAAAAAUUGCAGAAACAUCAACAAGAAGGAAAAAAAUUCAUCCAUGAUAACAGAGUGCUCUUCUUCCCCAAGAAGAAUUAUGAAGCCUUGCAACUAAAGCCAGGUUAUUCUGGAAGCCUCAAAGCCCAAGACAGUCCUUUCAAAGGCCGUAAGCAUAGGCUCAGGGAAUGUUUAGAAUCAUAUACCAAUCAGGAAAAUCAGCACAAGUGAGAACAUACAAGCUCACUCUGCUAAGCCUUUGUGAAACAAGAUUGACACAAGCUGGACAGUUAACAUUGGCCUCAGGAGAAACACUAACACACUCAGGGCAUGAGGAGGAAAAUGCUCCACAGACACAGGAGUUGCUGUCAUGAUGAUACGGAUGGCACAAAGGGCAUUGAUAGGGUGGGAAGCUCAUGGUCCAAGAAUUAUUACAACAACAUUCCGAACCAAGAAGAAGAAAAUAAAUAUGAAUGCCUCCAACAAUAGUAAGUAAGAUGAAAAAGAAGCUUUAUUCAAUAGACUACAAGCUAUUAGUACAAACAGACUUGUUUACUCUUACAAUUUUGGUGUACAAUGUUACAAUUUUGAGAUGUCUUUUAUGAUUGUACCGGUUUUUAAUCCGGUCAUAAUUCCCAUUUUGUUUACUUAACAUCAUAAAUAUAUUAAAAAUUUUAAUUUUGUUGUUUUUUUCCAGUGGGAAAUGAAGUCAAAUGUUUAUUGUACAUAUGCAGGGUGUAAAAAAUUUUUUAUGUAUGACAUACUAUAUAGAUUGUGGACAGUUGUUUUUUUUAAAUAACGCCCUAAUUUGUUAAUUAAUUCUUAUUUUAAUCAAUUUUAUUUUAAUCUGAUCUGACUUCAAGUUUGAACCACAUUAAAUUUCACUAGUAACUUUUUUUUAGCAAUGACAGACUGUGAUAAUGUGAUCUGCACAUUCACCUAAAUAUUAAUUGAUAUCUAUAAUAUAGCAGAUACACAACUGCAAAAAAAAGUUACAGCAGAUUGCAAUAUAAACAUCAGUCAUGUACUUUUAGAAGUUACUCUUUUUGAUGGCAGCUUAAAUCAAACCCACUAGACACGAGAUGCAAGUAGUUAUUGUAUACUUUAUAUGUACUAUAUGUUUAUUUAUUUACUAUUAAUAUUGGGGUACCGGUAGCCUAUUGUAUGAUUUUGAGAUGAUAUUGUACAAUUUUAGGAGUUCAAGGGUAAACAGGUCUGUUGAAAAAUUUCCAGGUAGAUAUCUAAAAAUUAUAACGGGAGAUCUAAAUGCUAAGAUUGGGAAAGAAAACAGAGGUUAUGAAGAAAUUAUGGGGUUCCAUGGUUUAGGAGAGAGAGAAAUGAAAAUGGCAAAAGACUGGAAGACUUCUAUGGGUCAAAUGAGUUCAUUAGUGGGGGCAGCAUAUUCCAGCAUAAGAAUAUCCACAAAGUAACUUGGGUGUCCCCUGAUAACAGAAUUGAAAACCAAAUUAACCAUAUAUGCAUUAGCAAAAAAUUCAGAAGGUCUGUACAAGAUGUAUAAGCUAAAAGAGGAGCUGGUGUUGCAUCUGAUCACCAUCUAGUUUGGGCAAGGCUCAAGCUAAAAGUGCAGAAAAACUGGGAAGAGUCAGCUGCAAGAAGACUAAAACACAACACAGCACUCUUGGCUAAUGAGCAAAAAUGACAGGAAAUCAGUGUUACUUUGAGAAAUAACUUCCACAUAAUGGAAGACCAAACAGAUGAUGAAAAAAUAGAACUUCAAUGGCGAAACAUAAAAGCGUCUGUAACAUCCAUUUGCACCGAAGUAUUAGGGCUGGUGAAGCAAAAACACAAAUAUUGGCUCUCACACAAUACAUUGCAAAAAUAAAAGUGAGGAAAGAAGUGAAGUCUGCACUAAACAAGAGCAGCACAAAAGCAGAGGAGAAAUAGAAAGAACCCAGAUAAUGAAGACAUAGCCCAGGCUAUCAAGCAGCCUAACAUUGGGAACACAUCUGGACCUGAUAACUUCAUAGCAAAGAUGAUGAGAGCAGAAUUAGAUAUAAUAGUCAAGCUGCACCCUCUAUUUGAAAAGAUGUGGGAACAAGAUGAUUGGAAAGAAGGAUACCCCAUCACUAUACCAAAGAAAUGGGAUAUUAGCAGCUGUGCAAACUAUAGAGGAAUUACACGGCUGUCCGUACCAGGAAAGGUCAUUAACAGAAUUAUUAUGAAUAGCAUGAAGGACCAGGUCAAUGGACAGCGGCAAUAUCAACAGACUGACUUCUGCGAAAACAGAUCAUGCACAGAGAAAUUUGCAACACUAUGCAUCAUUGUAGAACAAUCCAUUGAAUGGAACUCCCCCAUUCCAAAUAGCAUUUAUAGUCAAAAUGGCCCCGGAUACGCAGGUCCCUAUUAGACCAAUGCUAUUCGGAUGUCAUUUGUGGUAGUUUAUUUUAGUUAAACUGAAGAAGUGGGUUUACAAACAUAUAGUCCAUUCAAUUAUCUUUCAUUUGAUACCUCAUUUUGUCUUAUAAACCCAACAAUAAUAUUUUGAAUAGUUUUUUAAUCCCAACCUCUCACUUCUGGUACCCGGGUGCGAAUAGUUCCUGCCUAAUUUUAUAUCAGAUUCUGUUAAAAAUUAUUGCAAAAUAGGUAUUUCAAGAGUUUCUCUAAGCACAGUUACAAUAUGUUAGUAAAAAAUUUCAACUUUUCUUAUUUUUAAACUAGUCCUAGUAAAGCUUAGUUUUAAUGAGCCGUAUUUUGAUAAAUAUCCUUUGCUCUCUUAAAGAAAGAUGUAGUUAAAAUAUCAAACUAUUCAGUUCCCAAUGCUUUAACUUUAUUAUUGUAGGGUACUGUCUAUGCUUUAACUUUAUUAUUGUAGGGUACUGUCAACAAGAAGAAAAUGUUUUAUAACAUGAGAGCUAAGACUAUCAGACGGAACAUGGCCGAUCUUCUUCGCCGGCUGGAAAUGACAAGCAAAGAACUGCUUGAACUGCCACACAGCAAAAUAAAGAUCCUUAAUUUUGUCAUCAAAGAGGUGAGCCCACAUGGCCACAUGCACAAAUACCCACACAGCCACAUGCCCAAAUGGUUUAUUUAUGCUGUAAUUAUUUUUCACGAUUUUACAAGUUGCAAAUUAUUAGGUUUUUCUGCUGACUUUACUGAAUUAUACAUUUGAACCAAUUAAUGACAUGGGAAAACCUAUAUUCAUUUCAGAUGGAAAGGGAGAAAGAACUAGGAAAUUUUUCUGAUGCAGGGGACAGUGAUCCGGAGUCUGAGAGAGAUGUCAAUGUAAGAAUAUAAAGAAUGGAUGGAAAACUAGGGCAUUAAACAAUUGGAUGAAUAAUUAAAGUGAGACUAGUGACUUUUGGCAUGUGUAUUUACCAGUUAUCAGGGAAAUAGUAUCUCAAGACCCACAUGCAGUGCUUCAUCGCUAGCGAUUUAUUGGAAUCCUGUUUACUGGAAAUCUAUGACUCUUUAAUCUUCAUUUACUGAUCAUUUAUGAGCCUCUAGGUGUCCCUACAAGGUUUAAGUGAGUCUUGAUUUCAGACAGUACUUGAGUUCAUUUGCUAGUCAUUCAUAUGGGUGACCUAGGCCCUAGCUUAACACUCAACUUAUUGCAUUUGUUAUUUAUUUUGUUAAAUAAAAAUAAAAAACUUUAGUUGUAAUUGUGCUUGUCAGCUGAUAUUUAACAAUUAUUUUCUUUUUUUGUUUGGAAAGAUUUUGUUACGUUUCAAAUUUUAACACCAGCUGAAGAAUAAUAAUUUAAAUUCAUAUAUAAAAUUGAAGUUAAAAAAAUUUUAAAAAUUUAAUGAGGAUUUAAAAAAGCUUUCUUUGCAUAACAUUUUUUCUGCAUUUUGUUCUCUUUUUCAUGGAAGAAAUAGCAAUAGGGAAAUAAAAGUUAUGAUAAAAAAAUGAAAUCUCAUAAAUAUGAUGGAUUACUUUUUUCUCCUGCAGUAUUGUAAAGGGAAGGUUAAGUCACCUUUUAAAGUAAAACUACAAACCUUGAAACAAAAAAGGAAGAGAUGGGAAACAAAAGCAAAUGAGUGAGUAUAUGAUAAUGAAAAAUUACCCCUUAGCCUUUUGGAAAGUACAUUCAAUGUGAAUAGUUACAAAGUUAUGCAAAAUUUAUAUUAAGACAUGAAGAAACAAAUGUAAUAAAAAUGCAAAGUAAUUAGCAAUAUAUAAUUGAGUCACAAUGAGCCAUUGGUAUAGGAAAGAAUUACUAAUAAUGCUACAUAAAUUUUGUGUGUAUUGUUAGCUGUUUGUUCAAAUGGGAAGUAAUUUGAUGUAAAAGGGGAAGUCAACCAUUCUUUAAUUAUUUAUUUUGUGUGGGUUUAUGUAUUCAGGAUUAGAGCAUCAGUUACUCAUGUAUGUUAGUGUGUAGAAAAUAUAACCAACAAAAGAUAAAGAAAUCUAGAAGAUAAAAUGUACAUACAUAUCUUAGUCUAAGUAAUUUACAAAAUAUUCUUUAGAAUGCUGAGAAAAAAUUGGCUUAGCAUUGUGUAAAAAUGCAUUUAUUGAAUAAAAUUCUGAAGUAAUUCAUGUACGUGGGAAUACUUAAUUUAAAUUUAAAUUUUUUUUUUUUUUCAUUUCAAGAAUUGAGAGUUACGCUAAAUUAUCUGAAACUCGAGUCCAUCAGAUGGCUGAGAUGAUGGUAAAAAGAUUAUUGGUUGAGCUUGAGACAGGUGGAAAUGUCCGCUUUGAGGAUGGGCUGCCUGUUGAUCCUUGGUAGGAAAAUAAUUUUUGCAUUUAAUAACCUUUAAUAGAAUUUUAUUACGUCAUUAAAACAGAAAAAAAACAGAUAUUUAGGAAAUAGAUUGUAUUACAUGUGCAUUAAUAUUGUAUUUGAGUCAUUGUUAUGGUGGCUUUAAAAACACAAUUUCUUUUGUUGCAUUUGGAUUCAUACUCAUAGCAUUUAGUCAUAGAGUCAGAGUCUUAACUUCUUCUCAUAAUCAUAGGAGUUGGGUCUUUUUAAGAAUUAGGUUCAGCUUUAUAGCAAUAAAGCUUGUUACAUAGAACUUGGUCAGAAUUCAUGAAAUCCAUUCCUACAUCCCCGAAAUAGUAAAUAUGAGGCAGUUGAACCAGGGAAAUAAAAACAAAUGUUUUGACAGGUUCUCCUCCUGCCAUGACCUGGUUUUGUCUCGGUUUUGCGCUUAUGACUAUCGAGACCUGGGAGUUACCGGCAUCAAGAUCCACCGCAUCAUCCGUAUUCACAACCGUAUGCUGCGGACACAGUUUGACAGGUCAAUUGUUGCCUUGACAGAGACCAACAAGGGAGAGUAUUAUCCCAGUGCCAAGUAAGAAUUAUACUCAUUCAUAUAAAAAUCAAGCUUAAAAACCAGAUCCCAUUUUAGAACUUUAAUUAAAAUGAAUUAGGAUAAGAAGUGUUUUCAGCUUUAAGUUAUUUUUAGCAACCCAUUUUUUAUUUAAGAAUUCAAAUAUAAUGCAGGAUUUUUUUUCAAUGGGAAUUUUUUAACAGAGAACUUAAACACAAAGAUAAAAUUUUAACUCCAAGAAUUAGGUGGGUUUUUUUAAAUUGAGAAUUUAAAGAUUUCUACACCAAGAUUAUCAGGUGUGUUGUUUUUAACUAUCAUAUUUUUCUGAAUUUAUGAUUCUAAAGAAAAGUAUUUCAAAUGCAUUUACUUUAUUUCAACAUAACUUUAAUUUUAAAUUUUUAUUCUUCAAUUGUUUGCUUUUUUCAUGCAUAAAAAUUGUGAAUAAUACUUCAUUUUUAUUGUUAUGUACAUUUUACAUUAAAGAAAAAUGUGUCAUUCAUUUUUUAAAUUUUUUUUUUUUUUUUUCUUUCUCAUGGUUAUUUGGUUUUCUUUUUUUUUUUUUUUGCUCUUCAUUGCCAGUUUUUUAAAAAAAAUUUAUUUUAAAUUUUACAAAAAUUUAAAUUUUUAUUUUUUAAUUUUUUUCUUUUUUUAUGAAUAAAAAUUUUUAAUAAUACUUUAUUUUUAUUUUUUUUUAUUUUUUUUAUUAAAUAAAAAUGUUUUAUUCAUUUUUUAAAUUUUUUUUUUUUUUUUUCUUUCUCAUGGUUAUUUGGUUUGCUUUAUAUUUUUUAUGGCUCUUCAUUGCCAGUUAUUAAAAAAAAAUUUAUUGUAAAUUUGACAAAAUAAGAACUAAUUAUAACAAAUUCAAAGCUUGUGGGUGAUACAAAUUGGUUUUGGAAAUAGCUGAAAUGAUGCCACCUUGUAUUCUGUUGUCGUCUUCAGAAUUAUCAGUUUGAAAUUUAUUUAAUAGGAUUUAUAUAUUCUUAAAUUCAGGAAUACAGCCUACAAAAAGUCUUUGGAAUAUCUAUUUUGGAUGUCUGAUCCAGAAAUGGAAGGGGGAGUCAGUGAAGCUUUCCGUAUUCCAGAGGAAGGGUUUAUGGAUGCUGAGACUUAUAAGGUAAGGGAUCGUUCGCAAAUUAUGUCACGCUAAAAAUGACCUUUUAAGACCUCCCCCGUCUCAAAGUGUCACAAAUUCUUUUAAACCCCCCCCCCCCCACCCCAUGUGUCACGUCACACGUAAAAAAAAUUUAAAAAUACAUAAAAUUUGCAUAACUAAACUAAGAUUGUAUUUUAUUCUUUAACAUUUUCCCAUAAUGGAUUAAGAUGUAGUAUUAUUAGAAAACUGUGACGUAAAGCGUAAAACAACGAAGUACUCCCCAAGCCGAAUGUAAAAUGGCCACAACAAUUUUGAUACAUUUUUCGAUAUGGGCAGAAGGUGUGUGCAACUGAGGUUCACGGUACCUAUAAUACUUGAGACAAUUUUGACCUCAAAAUUAAUGUUUUCAAAAUUAAUUAAAAAAUAAUUUUUCAAAAUUAGAAAAAAAAAUAAAAAAUUGUGGCAUCACAAAUUAUUUACCCUCCCCCUGUCACGAAGUGUCACAAAUUCUUAACCCCCCUCCCCUGAGCGUGACAUAAUUUUCUAACGAUCCCUAAUAUUUUAUAUUAGAUCAAAUUUAAUAGUCCUCAUGAAAUGAAAUUUAAGAUUUCCAAUGACAUAAAAAAUAAUUUCUUAAAAAAUAACUUAAUUAUUUAUCCAUUACCCUGUAUGUCUAUAUCUAAUAGAAACUUGGACGAGAUGGUGCCAUUCCUUUGAGUAACAGUAUUAGUCUGGCUGAUAGACGCAGGAUUUCCUAUUGCCUUAAGAUUAAGAAAGAACAAGAUAUAGAUAGCUGCCCAUUCAGAUAUGGUUAGCAUAUUUAACUUUAUCAGACCUUCACACACUGAAAUUUGAUUUUUUAAGUGUGCACUUAGAUUGAACUCAAUGAAAAUUAUGACCGUCAUUAACAAAUUUUAUUAUUUUUAAAUUUGUCACCAAUGUACUUAACCAGUCAGAUUGUUCAUUUAGUCAUUAUCAGUUAUUUAAUUGGCAUGAUAAAUCUUUGAACCUGGUCAGAAAUAUUUUGGCUCUGAGUGGCAUUGAGUUGGGUACAGACAUUAGUGGAGGGACUUGAACUUAAAAGCCCUGUUGUGCAAAAAUAACAUACAACAGCACCUCCAACAGAAAAUCUAUGACAGAAUGCAAAGAUUUCAGAAGUUGCCAAAAUUAAUGAGUAUUGUGAAAUUCAAUAAUAAAUAACUGCAAUCAUCCUUUUGUUUUUAUGUUCACUUUGAACAUAAAAUAGUUUUGUUAGUUAUAGAAUUUUUUUUGCUGCACAUUAAGAGAUAAUAUUAAUAAAUUAAACUUACUUAUUUUUCCUUUUUUUUCCUUUUUUUUUUCUCCUUUUUUUUGUGUGUGUGGGGGAAGGGGACGACACACAACAGUUAAACAAAUUGUAAAAGCAAAUAUAAAGGUCCCACUCCCCUUUACUUUAGCGUCACUUGAUUAUGUCAUACAUAUAUAUAUAAUAUCACACACACACACACACACACAUAUAUAUAUAUAAUAUGUCACUAUCCUGUCUUUUUAAAAAUUAUUAAGAUAUCAGCUUAUUAUGAUUUAUUUUUGUUUUGUCAUCGGAAUUGUUGUUUUAUAAGACUAAAGUUUUCUAUUUUUACAGGACAGCUGAUAGUGGCCAAAACUCAUCUUGGGAAAAGUGUUGUAGCACUAGACGAAAAACAGUAAGUUUUAAAUGUAUGGAUGUAUCCUUGGGUUAAUUUAUGAUACAACAGACAUUGGUUCCCAACCGGUUCUUUACUGAGCUUCAUGUGCACUUCUCGGGGGCUCCGUGGUUGCACCAUUAAAUAAAAUAAAAACAAUUAAUUAGUAGCACAUGGGUUAGGCUUAAAGGGUUCCUCCAUAGAAAUUGAUUAAAAAAAAUUGGAAUCAGAAAGGUUGGGAACAACUACAUUAAACUAAUUAUUGAAUUAAAAACCACAUAUACAGCAAAAGUGUGAAAAUAAGUAAAUGAACAGUUUGAUAAGAAAUAUAUUAAUUUUCAGAAGUUCUUAUAUCUGUUAGUGUAUGAGUACGAGACUUCAGCAGCUAAUCAAAUAGACUGAUACCAAUAUAUUCUUUUAAAAUCUUUAUUGUAUUAAACAUACAAUACCUCAAGUCCUUUAACUUGUCUACUUCAAUAUUCAAUGCUUAACGUAAACUCACAACACAAACCUGGCUAUAAAUAAAUUAAAGUGGCUGAAAAUAAAAGGUUACUAAAUUAUCAUUCUAGUUAUUCUUUAUCUUAAUUUCACUAGAGAAAUACUUUUCCAUCAAUUCUGAUGAUUUAUACCACUUUUAGUUGGAUGACCACGAAUUAAAAGAUGUUAUAUAUUUUAAUUUUGUCAUGAUUCAGGAUUUCAAAGGCAAGUUAUCCUAAAAUGGAUUCUGUAUUUAAGCCAAGGAAGAAAUGUGUUCCUAAAGAAAGUAAGAUUUUAUUUUACUUUUGAAAUGUAAAAACUGAAGUGGGGCAGCUGAAUAAGGAAGAUAAAUAAAUAAGUAAGAUAUCCAUCAAGUAGGAUAAAAAUAUUUUUUGUUUGACCCUGUAGAAAUUGAGUUCUAUAGAUAUAAAUAAUUAUUUUUAAAUUUACCACAUACACAACCCCUCCAGAGAAGGUUGAGGAUGAUGGCUGUGAGUGCAGUGCCCGGCAGUGUGAGUGGUACAUCUUCAAUAGCAACCUGGUCCUACCAGAGUACAUCAUUGACUUUGAAUACAUUACUAAGGUUUGUUAGAUUUUUUAACUUUCCUACAUGAAAGUUGGGGUAGGUUUUUUUUAAAAUCUGAGAAAAAUGGUAUGGCAGUUAAGUAAACUAUUUAUUUAGAAUACUAAAAAAAAAAAAUAAGAAAAAAAUAUCUAAGAAAUUUAAACCUUCAGUUAACACAUAAUUAAAAUAUGAAAUUUUAACUUAAUUGAUUCAGUUAAUUAAUUUCUUUAUUCUUUACAAAUUUUAUUAGUUUUAUUUAAUUGGCAUGAUACAUUUUUUAACAUGGUCAGAAAUAUGUGGCAUAUUUUUUUAAAUCUUUUGAUUAUUGUUACAGCUCAAGUCCCAUUGUCCUUUUCAACAUCUUAAUGAAGACUUACUUAGUGAGAAACCUCGCAAAUAUAAAACACCUAUUGUGCGACAAGCCGACAAUGAGAGUGAUAGUGACAGUGAAGCUAUUAAAAUGGAGCCUGAACUCAAAUCAAGAACUCGGUAAAGUGGAUAUUUUUUACAGCUGAUUUGAUUUUAAGUUUGCUAUUAUUUCACUAGAGAAAUACUUUAAAUUGUUUUAAUUGUUAUAAUUGUAACAAGGUGUCUUGGUUUAAAUAUGCAUUUAUUUAUGUUCUGAAAAUGAAUAAGUACAAUGUAAUCAAAAAACAUUUCCAUUUAUUUGGAUCAAUAAAUAAUCUUAUCUUAUCUUAUUUGUAGUUUAUGGGAAAUCUAGAAAUAAAUUACCAGGGGUAGUGGGGGGGAGAAGAAAACUUAGCACAGCAGUAGGAAGUACCAUGUAAUAGUACGUCAAAGAAGCCUUCAGCAACCUGUUCUAAAAUAUAAACUCUAAAUACCUGUUAAUAAGCUUCAGCUUUCUAGAACAUUUUUUUUAAAACCUACCAUCAAUUUCAAUUAAUUCAAGCUUGAUGAUAAAUAAUCUCUCUCUGGGGAUGUUUGAUUAAUGAUGGUCUCAAUUAUCCAUAACAGAACUUUCCACUGUAAUGUGUAUUCAGAUUUCUAAAAGCAAUUUGUUGGUCUUGUAACAUCUUUUAUAUCUUAAUAACAAUGGAUAAACUAAAAAUUUAUGAAUGUGCAAGUGAAUCAUUUGCUUCAUCUUCUUCAGAAUUCUGUAUUUAAAUGAUGAAAUCCUUAAGGAAACCUGCCAAAUGGACAAUCUGAAUAAAAUAACGGAACUGAAUCUUCAUGGAAACAGUCUCACCAAGCUACGGCCAUUGCAAGUCCUUAUUAAUCUGAAACGGCUGAUUAUAAGUUUUAAUGAGUUGAUCAGGCUUGAUGAUCUUGCCAACAUGGCAAGUUUUUAAUUGAGUAUUAUGAUUAUUUUUUUAAAAAUUAAACAUUGUGUGGUUGUGUUGAAAGGAUCACAAAAGUUAAUAUUAUUUGUUUUAUCCUUCCUUUUAGCAAAGGCUUUAUAAAUGUGUUUAUUUCUUUUAUGCCAGUUGGGCAGCUAGAAUUUAUGGAAGAAUUAGAAUCUUAUGCAUGCAAUACCUACCUGCACUUGGGUAUUAUGUUAACUGGUGAAAUUCUCAGAGCGUUGUUGAAUAGGGGACAUAACAAGAAGAAAGGAUAUAGCAGGAGUAUAUCUUACAAAAAGUUGAUCUAUUGUAUAAAAAAUAUUAUUUUUUUUUUAACUGAAGGAUGAUGGUGCCCCCUCACAAUUCAAAUCUGCUAGCUAUGCUGCUGCACAUGUAUAAGAAAACUUCAGAUUACUUUCAAGAUCUGUAGAUAAUAUUUCAUUCCUCCACGACCCAGUCGAAUAAAAUAACAGUUAGACAUUUUCAGGAUUAAAUAUUUGGUAGAUAUUUGUUAGGUUUACACUGGAAAAGCUUUUCUACUUAGUUAAUAGAGAUAUUCAUCUAGCUUUUGUCUUUUACAGCAACAACUUCAGUUUAUUGAUGCAAGUUUUAACAAAAUUUACACAUUGGAGGGAAUGAAGGUAAACUCUUUCACAUUUUUAAAUUUUUAAUAAUUUUUUUUAGAUAUUUAUCUCCAAAAUUUCUUUUACUUUUGAGACAGAAAAUAUCUGAGUACGUAUCAGGUUUUUUUUCAUGUGAUUUUCAAUCUGUCUGUAGGCAAAAGUAUACAUAAUUGUAUUUUUUCUUUACUUAUGUAUAUAAAAUAUUUUCCUUUUUUAAAAUAUUAAAAAGAAUUAUUUCAUUCUUUGUUGAAUUUUUGGAUAAUAAUUAAUGAAAGAAUGAAAUAAAAAUCUCUCUUUCAGAUUAAUCUGUGAAAAUGUGUAGUUAAAGGACAUUUUUUUCAUUUCAACUUUUAAAAAAACUUUUCAGUAUAUUUUAUUUUAAAACUUACUAAACAUAAGCACGCUCAGGGAUGCUUGGAAAUCAUCUGUUGCCCAAAGUAAUUCAAAAUACAGGAGAGACCGCCAGUACAAACGUAUGAAGAAGAAUGGGUCGGUCGAACUAAAAGCCGAAGUACUGAGGCUCCGAAGAACCAUCCAACGCUUACUGCGCAGAUCCUACUGGAACUACCUGAAUGGCAUCUUCUCAGAGGAAGAUACUACCGCCAAGAACAAGCGGUUCUGGAGCUAUGUCAAGCAUCAAAGGUCAACAAACAUCGGGGUUUCCCCCCUGAGAUGGGAAGGCAAGUUGACGUCUGAACCCAAAGAACAGGCGGACAUACUCAAUCAACAGUUCCAGUCGGUCUUUGGGGAUGGUAGAGAGUACUCAGAAGUUGAGUUCCUGCUGAAGACCAAGAUGAUGAGCACAGCCUAUCCCACCAUGGAAGAUAUCAAGAUCUCAGAGAAGGGUGUGCUGGAACUUCUUAAAACCAUUAACCCCUACAAGGCAUGUGGUCCUGACAACAUCAAGCCACGAGUGCUAAAAGAAUUGGCCGAAGAAAUCGCUCCUGCAUUAACAAUCCUCUUCCAAUCGUCGCUAUUCACAGGCAAAGUUCCAACUGACUGGAGAACAGCGUAUGUCACUCCGAUCUACAAAAAAGGAGAACAUUACGACCCAGCCAAUUACCGCCCUGUAUCCCUCACUAGCGUAGUAUGUAAACUAUUGGAACACAUAAUCGUAAGCGCGGUCAUGAAUCACCUGGAGAGAAAUAAUAUACUCAAUGACUGUCAGCAUGGCUUUCGAGUCAACAGAUCAUGCGAGACCCAACUCCUUGAAUUUGCUGAAGAGUUGACGACCAACUUGGAGAACAGCAAGCAGACUGAUGUGCUUGUGCUGGACUUUUCAAAAGCGUUUGACCGUGUCAACCAUAGCUUGCUAUUACACAAACUGCAGAGAUAUGGGAUCCAAGGCACUACCAAAACAUGGAUCUCUAGCUUCCUCAGCGACCGAUGCCAGGCAGUAGUGGUAGAUGGCAAAACCUCCUCCUUUGUCAGUGUUAAGUCAGGGGUCCCCCAGGGCUCAGUGCUAGGCCCUUGUUUGUUCCUAGCAUAUAUCAACGAUCUGCCCGAGAAGCUGACCUCUCAAGCAAGACUGUUCGCAGACGACACGGCGGUAUAUAGGACAAUGGUCAACAGCUCUGACCAGAGCCAGCUUCAACAAGACCUCAAUCGGUUAGCUGAGUGGGAGAUAAGCUGGGACAUGGAAUUUCAUCCCGUCAAGUGCCAAACCCUGUCAGUCUCCAGAAGCAGGUUCCCUCUAAACCACUCUUACGAACUGCAUGGCCAUAUUCUUGAGCCAGUUUCCUCCGUAAAGUACUUGGGUGUUACCAUCCAAAGAGAGGUCCGCUGGGACGAGCACAUUAACAGUGUGUGCAACCGGGCAAACAAGACCCUGUGGUUCCUAAGGCGCAAUCUGAAGAUCGGCAACUCAAGCGUGAAAGAAAAAGCCUAUAAAGCCUUUGUCCGACCUAUUUUAGAGUACGCUUCUACAGUCUGGGACCCAUUUACCCAGAAAAGUAUCGACAGGUUGGAGGCGGUCCAGCGACGGGCAGCACGCUUUGUCAUGAACCGCUACAGAAGCACCUCGAGUGUUGGUAGCAUGCUGGAAACACUGGGCUGGUCGAUAUUGGAAGAACGACGAAGACUAUCCAGGCUCACCAUGUUGUACAAGAUAACAAAUGGGCUAGUGCACUGCUCCGGAAUCAAACAGAAACUCGUUCAUCUUCCCCCCAGACUGCGAGGAAGUCACGACAAACAGUUCCGGCUGGUAAAAACAAGAACAAAGUACAGAAGCUCCUCAUUCCUGCCAAAGACAAUAGGGGACUGGAACAAGCUUCCAAAAGCAACAGUUGAGGCGGCUACACUCGAGACAUAUGUGUCUAUUGCCUCCUGUAUUCCAACCCCCAGUUCAUAACACCACUGCUGAGUCGCCCUUGCAACCAGUGAAGUAUCCCAUUGAAACCCAUGGAGAGUAACAUCGCAAACCCCUCUGAAACAUAGGAGCCAAAAUGAUCAAUUCAUUGAUCGUGGGCCCUUAAAAUAAAGAAGAAGAAGAAGAAAAUUGUCUAGGAACUUAAUCUAAGAUUCAUUUAUAAAUGUAUAGAUGAAUGAAAUUAUUCUGCCAUGUUUUACUAAUAUGAUUUAAUAAGCGAAGAAAAGAAGAAAAAGAACAGCAUUUACCAAUGUAAAAAAAAUGUAUUGAUUUCUCAGGGUUUGAUGGAUCUGAAAGAAUUGAAUAUCUCAUGGAACAAACUUGUCAACACCAGAGAGGAGCUCUCUAUUUUGAGGAAGCAUUUAGGAUCAUUACAGAUUCUUGACUUACGGAACAAUCCUUGGUUAAAGGUAGCAUCACUGCCCAUGUAUAAAUAUAAGCAACUGUGUACAAUUUGGAGAGAAUUUUACUUCUUAUGUUUAUGCUGGAAAGUGCAAAAAUUGUAUUAAAAUUAUUAUUUCAACUGAAGACCAUGGAGAAAAUGAAUGAUCUGUUACACUUAAAAAGUAUAAAAAUCUAUAAUGGAAGAAUUUUUUUGUUUGUUGUUAAGUGAUUAAUGAUCCAGAAAUUUUGUAUACUAUUAGGUAAGUCUUAAGUAACAAUUGUAUUUUAAAGUGGGUGGACAUUGUCAUUUUAUUAAAAACAAUCAGACAACCGUUGAUAAACACAGAAAUAAAAUUUAUACAAAUAUACACACUAUUUUGUCUUAGGCAAAGGAUUUACGACUACGAACUAUCGGCAGGUUAAGGAAUCUACACAUGCUUGAUGGCAAACAUGUUGGUGAAGAGGAAGCCACCUUGGCACUUCGAUGUGCUGCAGGGUCACGCAUCUCACAGUUGUCCUUGAUGGCCCACACACGCACUGAUUCUGAGGUCCCUCGGUCACUAUCCCUGGGUGAUUCUGCCCACAUAAUAACAAUGAUCAGCAGAAAUCGACCAAUGAAAACGAGCGAGGCUGACACUAAAUGGUAUUCACAGGUGGGCAUCAAAUUUUUUUUUUAGAGAAAUGUUUUUGUUUUACAAAUUUUGUAAAUAUUUUGUUCUGCUAUAAAUCUUUAGCACAUGGACAGCAAACAUCAAAAUUUUGUGACACUUUUUUAACAAAAUUAGUUAACCAUUUGAACCCUUGGCUCCUGGUCCUAAAAUACCCUUGCCCCUGGGCUCCUGGGGAAAAUUUCCACAAACUGACACACAAGCAAACAAAAUCAAAUGAUUAUAAAAUUUAUUAAAUACAUUUAAUUUAUUUCAAUCCAAAUUUGUCUUUUAGUAGUCCAUAAGUAUUAUAAAAUGUAUCACUGGGAGAAAAUUGUCUUAGAAAUGGUGUAAAAUAGCAUAGUUAAAGGUCAUUUAUAUGACCCUGAUUUUUCAUAAAAGCCAGAGCUAGGACUAAGGGUAGACCUUGUGUUAUUUCUUUUAUUACCAAAGCACACAACAAUAGUACUAGUAGUUGAAGUCGUUCGAUUGUCACUUUCAUUGCCUAUUUGCUUUAUUUCAAUUCUUUUUCAAAACAUGAUAAUAAUCCUUUGUAUCAUUUGCAUUAUCACAAAGCUGCUCCAGUUUGAGUCCUUUAGAAUAGAAAUUUUUGUAUUUUCAUCACCAAUACUUUAGUGAGACUUAAAAAGUCAACAUUCUGAACAACUUUAUUUCAUAAUUUAUUCCAGGUGACCACACUGAAUCUUGACAACCAACACAUCACAAAGUUGUCUAACUUGGAUAGGCUGGAGAAUCUCAUGUGGGCUUCCUUUAACAGCAACGAUCUCACCCGCAUUGAGGUGAUCUAUACUUGUUGGGACACUUUUAGAAGUGAAGGUCAUUUUAGCAGGGAUUUUUAAAGUUUUUAAUAUUUUAGAUCAUCAUAAACAUAGGAUACCUCAAAUACAAUCAUAAGUGUUGAUUUACAUUAAAACACUUUAACUUUUAAAAAUUUAAGAAUUCAUGGCACAAACAAAAAAAUACUUUCCAGGGAUCCUUCAAAAAAUGUUCUGGUAUUGACCAGAUAAAGGCAGUAAAAAAAUAUUGAAGGAAAUAAAUUGAACAGUUAGAGAAAAACUUUGGGUACCAUCGUCUGUUGAAUUUAUACCAUACAAUCAGGCAAAAAUAAAAAUUGAAUUCUUUAGAUAUGUAAUCAAAUUGUUUAAAUAUGAAUAUAAUUGAAAGAAAUUAAUAAAAGCAUUGCUGUACUUGCAAAUGUUGAGAUAAAGGGACAUAGGCCAGAUUCCAUAAAGAAGACUGUUUUCUACCCCUGCUUUUAGGAGACCUUUAAAUUCCCUGAAUGAGUCAAUGUAUUUUUGGGGCGAUUCUUGAGCAGGAAAUUAAAGAUUUCUUUUACCUUUUUGACAAUCAAAUUGCAUAAGACCCUAUUUUAUUAAAAUUUGAAAAAAGUAUUUUAACCUUAUAAUUAUUCUAUAAAACAUCUGUAUGUUUAUGUGCUUCUAUAUUUGAUUUUUCAAUACCUGUAAUAUUAAGGUCUCAAGGUUUGGAUUGAAAGUUUGAUAUAAGUUAUGUUUGUACUAUUUGAUCUAGGGCCUGGAAAACUGCACUCAGUUAUUGGAGCUGUCCCUGACCAACAACUGCAUUGCCCACCUUGAGGGCCUGAGCAAGCUGACCAACAUUCAGCGACUGGACCUCUCAUACAACUGCCUCACUUCAAUUGACACAGGCGUCCUAGCGGUCAUGACCUCCUUGAUGUCCUUGUCAGUGGAGUCCAACCAGCUGACCAGUUUGGCUGGGCUACAGAGCUGUGCAGCCCUGACUGAGCUGUACAUUGGAAAUAACAACAUCAGCAACAUUCGUGAAGUCUUCCUGCUGAAGGUAGUGUCAAACCUUUUGGCCAGUUUGAUCAAAAUUUUUUUACAGAGAUUCUCAUGUUUCAUUACAGUUGCAGAAGGUUUUAUACUUAAUAAUUUUCUUAACUGAUGUAUGUUUAGUUACAUUUCAGUUUUUUUGUGAGUUUGUUACACAAAGAUUCAAGCAUGCCUGACAGAUUUUGAUUAAAGUUGAUCAUUUUUUACCCCUGUAUUUUGAUAAAUCCAAAGAUUUCUCUCUCAUGUAUGGUCAACCUAAUAAACUCAACAAUGCUGCAUGUUCAAUGCAUAUUUUUUGGUAUCAAAAAUAAGUAAAAAUCCAACUUUGUAUUUUAAUCCUUAUUUUUCUUAAUUUAAUAACAAAUUAAAUAUUGUUUUUAAAAUUUAAAACAAGCUUUAUGGAAAUACAGAUGUUUACUCUACUAACUCUCAACUGUUCAACACCACUCUCAAAACACAGCUGCUCUAUACUAAGCUAAUACCUCAACUACCUAAUAUAUCUACACACAUUACCAUAACAAUACUACCUCAUAAGGCAACAAUUAAUGCAUAUCGUGACAAUAAUCUUGACAACAAUGUUCUAAUAGGCCAUACACCCAGAAACAUAUACUAAAAGACACAAUUGACUUGCAACCGAUCCACACCAUAUUCUAGCCUUAACAUGUUUUGUUGUUUUAAAUUUACUUGAAAGUAUUUUUUGAGGUUAUUUUUAAAUUAUAAUCUUCUAAAUGUCCAAUUUUCCAAAUAUCCAUUGGCCCAAAUGUCCAAGUGCCAUAUAUAAAAAAAAAAUGAGAAAUUUGUUUGGUUCGUUUUACAUCUAUGUUUUUUUAUUUUCAUUUCAGUCAUUACCAAACUUGGUCAUUUUAGACAUGUAUGGCAACCCCAUGGUAACAGCAGUAGAAAAUUACCGACUUUUUAUUAUCUACCAUUUGAGAGCUCUGAAGGCUCUGGAUGGUUCAGCCAUUGUAAGUCAAAAGAAUUUUUUUUUAAAUCUCCAUAAGGCUUUAUAUUUUCAUCUGUAUAAAUACCAUGUUAAUUACUUUUUAGUUGUUUUUGGAAACUACUGUAUUAUUUCAAAAUGAUUAGUAUAACUUUUUUAUUUUGGAUGUUAAUGGAAGGAACAGAAACCAAAUUUUAUUUUUAAAUUUGGUAUGUGGAAAUAAAAAAAUUAAACUAGAAAUUAAAUUUUAUUUUUAAAUGAAAGAAAUAUUUAAUUGUAAAAUAAAAGUUUUCUUAUUUUUUAUUUUAAACGUAACAUUCCAAAGGAAAUGAGUAGGUAGAUUUUGUUGAUGAGAAAUAAAUUUAUUAAUUAAUAAUUUUAAAAUUAAACCAGUUAUUCCUUUCUUUUUACUUCUUAACUGUUACAAUAGUAAAAAAAGACCUCUUUGAAAUAUCUUUUCUAAUAUACUUUUAUUCACCGUAGGAGUUAUUUUUGUCAGUCAUGGUGUCAAAUAUCUAUCAUUUUUAUAUGAAUUUGUUGAUCUAAGACACAGAGGAACAUGCGUAAGGAUAUGGCACUAUAUCAAAAAACGCAGGCAACCCUAGACCUUCUUUUACUCGAUAUAAAUAACUCAUAUAGUCAGGUGACUUGCGCAGGGUUUUCAGUCAGCUGAAAUAUAAAAUAUCCUAGGCUUCAUUCUACUCAAAACUUGAAAAUACCAAUUUUUUUCCAUUAAAAUGCCACCACAUUUGAUAUAAAUUUGGAAAAGUUUAAUGAAAUGGAUAUUUUGUUCAUAAUUUUGGCUUCUUCUGAAGUUGAAGUGAUUUAAUUUUCUCUGUCAUUGAAAACCCUGAGCAUUAAACUGUUCCAAAGAGCUCAAAUGCGGCAGCAUUUGUGUGAUUGUUUUAAUUGAAUUUUUAAAAAAAAUUUAAACACCUUUUAAUGCUCGUGUAUUCAUUUUUGAAGUUAAAAAGUUUUUUUGUUAAGAAAAUAAAUAUAAAUUUUUUUAAAUUAAGGAAAUUAACAGUUAAAAUAUACAAAGUUUGAUUUUAGUUAAUUUGGAAAUUAAAUUUUAGAAAAUUAUUAUCAUAAGUCUCAUUUCAUUAAAUUUUAAGUAAGUUUUAAUGCUUUUUGGAAAAAAUUAAUUAACUGCAAAAAUGAGCUAAAAGUGCAUUUAAAUCAUAUAUAUAUAUAUAUAUAUAUAUAUAUAUAUAUAUAUAUAUUUUAAACAAUUUUUAUAUUACUCUGCUUAUUUUAAUUUAUGUUAAUUUAUGUUGUUAAUUUAUAGUACAUUAUAACAUGUCUGUUUAUUUUUAAAAAAUGAGCUAAAAGUGCAUUUAAAUCAUAUAUAUAUAUAUAUAUAUAUAUAUAUAUAUAUAUAUAUAUAUUUUAAACAAUUUUCAAAUUACCCUGCUUAGUUUAAGCCAUGUUAAAUUAUGUUGUUAACUUAUAGUACAUUAUAACAUGUCUGCUUAGGUUUCCCCUGUGAUAAACAAUUAACAAUCUAAACCGCUCAAAUUUUUUUAUUUUUCAUAUGCUACCAGUUUUAUCCCCCUAAAAAUAAGAAACUGACACAGUUUUGUUUGACCUACAACCCUCCCAAAAAAAGAAAAUAGUGCACCACGCUCUUUUUUUUUUUUAAAGGAAAAAUGUUUAUUUAUAAAAAUGUUUUCUUUUUUGUAAGGUUAAGAUUUAUUUUACCUCGCUAUUAUUUUUCCUUCAAGAUCCCCUACUUAUUUCUUAUUGAAAUCUUAAUCUGAAUCAUAGAAAAUUUGUUGUAUUAGAAAAUUUAUAAAACUUGGAUAAAUAGUUAUUCAACUGUUUAUUAUUCCAACUUUGUUUGCUAAUUUGAAUAAUGUUCUUUCCAUGAAAUUUUAAUAAUGAUCUUUGGUUAUGUGACCUUUUAUAAGAUAAAAUUAUGAUCUGCUGUGGCGCAAGAAACCCCUUAGUUUUAUUCCAAAAAGAACAUGAUUUAAAAAAGUGCAGAGCUAUUUAUUAUAAAGAAAAUGUUCUAAAAAAUUCAUUAGCACUGGAGCAAAAUUUUAGUUUCAUGGUAUCCCUUUUGUCAUAUUCUGGAACCAUUAUUAUAUUUUAAAGAACCCCCACCCCACUCUAGUCUUUUUCCAUAUUUCUGUAAGUUACUAAAUAUGAGGUGUGGGAUUUCAUAAUCCAGGUAAAUCCUCUUGGAUCAACUAAUUUGUGUUGUAUUUGUGUGCAGGAGGUUCAGGAAGGGAGCACAGCAAAAGACAUGUUUGGAGGACGCCUAACGCUAGAUUUUGUUGCAGAGAAAUUAGGUCACUCAACAUUUGCAGAGAUUAGGGAGCUGGAUCUUCCAAAUUGUGCAAUACGAACUGUUGACCUUGGAACAGGGGAACUUUUUAUUAAUCUCCGCAGGUAACAAAAAUAAACUUCAGUAAUCACCAUACUAUUAUGUCUAAAGGUCCUUAAUAAUUGUUUAACUAACAUGGGAUUGUGACAGGAUAAGGAAAGGGAAGGAAAAGUAAAUUAUUGAACAUCAAAAUGUCUUUUUUAAUUGACUGUUUUAUAUUUGAAGUUAAAUAAAUUAGCAAAAUAUCUGUACAGCCCUAUGUUUUUGCUAAAUUCUUGAUUUAGUUGGUGGGCAGUUUUAACUUAAUUUGUAAGACUAUUUUUUUGUGUGUGUGUAGAGAGCCACUGUUUAAUUCCUCUCUGAGUGCUAACUCCCAUGGUUAAGUUAUCUUAUUGAGGGAGAUCCCAGGUAUAACUAUUUCUAGCUAUUGGGCACAUUUUGAAAAAUACCAAAUGCAACUUAAUUUUUUUUUGUUCAGUGUAAAUCUGGAACACAACAACCUCCAGUCUUUCUCAGGCCUUAUUCACUUGACCAACUUAAGGGUAAGUUUAUAUAUCUGGUUUUAAUUAGAUAAUUUUUUUGGUCAAUGUUGCCAGGAUUAGAAGAGAUAACACAUGUAAUUAUUAACUAUUAUUUUAGCAAGUUUAAGUGGUGUGCAUUUGAAUCCAUUAAUUCAUCUUUAUAUUGAUGUGAUUAAUGUAAGCCAAAUAAUUAAAAGAUUCCAGAACAUUGGUUGACAUUAGGCUCUUCUAUUUUCUGUGUUUGGCCUGAUCCCAAACAGGUUCUGUGCUUAAAUCACAAUCACAUUGAAUGCAUCAUGCCAAGGUCAAAGACAGCUUUACCAGUCAACAAGAAAAAUGUUGGACCUUGUAAAAAUGUGGAUUACUUUGCUCAGAACUGUUCUCCUGUUUUGGAGAACCUGGAAGUCCUUCAUCUAGGGUAGGUCUACAGUGUAAUUUAGUCUUACAUUUUUAAAUAUAGAAAAUAUUUUUAAAAAUUGAGGAACUCCUCAGCUGCACAGUGAGCCUCUUAGAGGGAAAUAAAUCUAAAAAAAGAGUUGCUACAGAUCAGAUAAUUUAUUUUGAUACCGCAGAUAAAGUAUUGAUGAAUAAAGUAUUAGAGAGUCAACUGUCUAGUGACUGGUGACCUGAACAAAUUCCUAUUUAAUAGAUGUUUAGUUAAAUAUCAAGUUUUUAUUUUCUCAAUUUUAUUAGAUUGUUAUGAAUAUUAUGUCUUGAUUAAUUAAUUAUACAACAUUGGGGAAAAAAUUACACAAGGACAAAUGAAGUUAAUCAAAUGAAAUGAGGAAAAAUUAUUUCAUGAAUUGAACACACAAAGAGAAGUGUUGUUUACACAGAAUGGAUAAGACGAAGAGAAAAAGAAAAAUAUACCAACAAUAAAUUGUAAGCGAUCACUUUGUUGAAAACAUAAGUAAUUGUUUUAAAUAUCUCCAAACAAUUACUGACAAUGCAAUGAUGAUGAAGAUUAUAAAAGGGAUCUCAGGAUCUCAGUGACAUUGAGUAUUAUUAAACAAAUCUAUUACCUGUCCGUUUUUUUUUUUAAAGAACUUCCUGCUUAUAUUGCAAGUUUUCAUAAAUAUAGGCUUUUUGAAUGAUUGCGGUUAAAAUAGCAUUUGUAAAAUUUGACUGAUUUACUAUUCAUGUUAAUGGCUUUCUAACACAGUUACAAUGGCAUCAAAGACAUUACUUCUUUACAACUGAAUCGUCUUCCUAGUCUCAAGGCACUUUUUCUUCAAGGUGAGUCUUCGGUUGUUGUUUUUUUUCCACCAGGAAUCAUAUUCACUCAACAUGUUAAUUAAAAACUAGUUGUAUAUUUUUUUGUAUUAAAGCUUUUGAAAACAAUUUAAUUUUUCAAAAAAACAAAUGAAUUUUUGUUCAGCUCAAACCUGUUGUAGUUAUAUAAUAUACUGAUCGCUAAAACAGGAAAUGAGAUCACAAAAAUAGAGGGCCUGGAGGGGCUGCAUGACUUGAGGGAACUGGUGCUAGACAAGAACAAAAUCAAGCAGAUUACUGAAACAUCAUUCUCGGGCCAAUGGAAUCUUCAGGUAAGACUGGCUGGUUUCAUUAUAAAUCCAAUAUCUUUUAUACUAGAUGAUGAGAUCUAAAAAUUUAUUUUUAAAAUUUAAAUUAUACAAAUAAUUCUUUUUCUAUAAAUUUACAAACACAUUUAGAGAUAAUGAACCACUUUCAAAAGGUUAAAUCAGAAAUCAAACUGUUAAUGCAAUUAUUUUUUAAUGUGGAAAAACACCAGCCUUGGAACAAAUUGUUUAUUGUACACUUUGUAAAUAAAUGUUUAUAGAAUUAAAAGGUUUUCAUUAUAAGCCUUUAAUAAUGAAGUAAGAAAUAGGUUUUCUCUUUACACUUAACAGUUAAGAAACGUACCUUAAAAAUAUAAUAGCCAUUAUAGUUAUCUGCUUUUUGAAUAGUUGUAUUUGACCUUACAGGAGCUACACAUUGAAGAGAACCGUCUGAAAGACAUGUCAGGACUUGGCUCAAUGGAAAAUUUAAUGCGCCUGUACAUGGGGGUCAACAGAAUUGCAGACCCAGCAGAGCUAGAGAAAUUGGAACCCUUACGCAAUCUCACAGAAAUAUCUUUGACAAAUAAUCCUGUAAUUUCACAAUUUUACCUUGUUAUAACUUAACUCCUAGAAAAUUGUUGCAACUUCAUUGAAACAAUAUUUUACCAGGCACAAGGAAAUAGAAACACUGAGCCUUGGAACUAAAGUGUAUUGUAUUAUUUUUUAAAGACAAACUUUUCUAUAUUCAACAAUAGCUAAUCUAUGCCUUUUUUUUUAUUUUAUUUGAAUCAGAAGUAAUCAUAUUAUUAAAUCCUCGAUACUUUAGUGCAACCUUCUCUAAAAUCCUCAGAUUAAGAAUAAAUCUUGCGUGGGGUUAUAUAAUUUUUAGAAAGGAAGGUACCAAAAUAAAACCCUCUUCUAGAAAUAUAAUAUAAAAAAUUUAGAAAUGGAUAAUACCAAAGUUCAACACUGUUCUAGAUUUGGCCUUUGACUGCUAACUUUUGAUACAAAACAUUUCAAUAGCAGAUGACCUGUUUACUUUGAUAUCAGUACUCCUGACUUGGAUGUAAAUCAAUCAAUGCACAGUCAUAAUUUUGCCAGCUAUGUCAAUCUGCCGGCAUCAGGUAGUCUUUAAUCAAAGCCAGUGCUAAUUUAUUCCCAUGACCUAGGUUUCCCGCCGAAUGAUCCACAGAGUAAUCUUGAUCCACCGUCUUCAGCACUUGCUUGUCAUUGAUGGCAUUGCCAUAUCGGAGGAAGAGAGGAACAAAUCAGAAUUUUACUACACUGAUCAGACUCCCCCUGUGUCAGCUGUAAGUAUGUGACUGUAAUUAUUGCAGACCUGUUUACUAUUACGAUUUUGGGGUACAAUGUACGAUUUUCAAGUGUAUACAUUAUAUAUACUUUGUUUAUUUUUUUACUUUAAAGAUUUGUAUUGAACAAAUUUGUGAUGAUAUUGUAUGAUUUUAAGAGUUUGAGGGUAAACAGGUCUGAUAUUGGGAAAUUGGGAUGCACUGCCAUUUCUGGGUGCAAAAUCUUUCCACACCAAAUAUAAUCUGAUAUGAUCAAUGUAGAUCCUGUACCAUGGUUUAGCAAAGUGGAAAAGAACCCAAUAACGUUCAAAGUUUAUAUGUUAAAAUUAUAUCUUAUAAAAACAAUACUUUUACAAUUUGACAACAGUGAAUUGAAUUCUAUGAAGAUAAAUUGAUGCAACAAAUGCUUGGAUCAUUAGCUUAUUAAAAAAAUCCCUUCCAUGUGCUCAUGAUGGCUGUAUGCUUCAUAUUUUUAAAAUAUUUACAUCAGUACAUAGACAUGGACUCUCGUUUAAUAUAAAUAUGUCAUUCAAAAGCUACAGGGGGAGUUUCAUUGGUAGUAGGGAAGUUUCUUUUGUUUGGCACAGAAUAUUGUAAAACUUAAAUUUAUUUAGUUUUGUUCAUGAAUUUACAAAGGAAAGGAAUCCAAAAAGUAAUAUUUACCCAAAACCUUGGGAUCAGAAGGUUAUGAUUCUCAAUUUUCCUGAAUGAAGCCUUGUGGAAUCACUUAGUAACUAAUUUUAUUUAGAAAGCUGUAAAACAAAAACACACAAGAUGCCACAUUUCUUUUAUUUCAUGUUCUCAGAAUUUAUUUUCAACAAAUGAAACAAGCCUUCCGGGAAUUACAAAUUCAAAACCUAGUAUUCAGGUCAAGGUUACCAACAUGCAGCUUGGUUCUGCUGCCAUGUGGGGCAGCUCAGCCUAUGUAGAUGAAGAAUUAUCCCAAAGAGGUUGGUCAACAAUAAAAAGGUUUUUUUUGUUGUUUUUUUUCAUUUUAAUUUGUGUUCAUUCCAGCUGUUCUAUUUAUUUAUUUACUCAGCUGAUGCACAUCAGUAAAUCAUUCUGACAGCACUUGUCUAUCUUGCUUUUGGCCUUAGUUGUACAGAAGAUCUUUUUUGCUUCUGUUCUUUAAUAUUAACUCUAUCCAAACGUUGCUAUAAAAGAGUAUUGAUUUCAUUCUGGACUGUAUUCCAUGCUUUUUCUUAUCAGCUUUUCACAUUGCCUUUCGCUUCUCCUCCUUCAUAUAAUGACCUCUACUUUACUGAAUUUACAUAGCUAUGAAAACUUUUCAUGUUCACUUUUCUCUCAUAACUAUUUUAAAAUUAUUAUUUUAAAGAAGUAGAAGAAAAAGUUUGUUUAAAAUAAAGACCUUUAAAAAAACACACAAUUUAACCUGAUUUUAAAAAUAAAUAUGUUCUUAAUUUUCCAGCCAGUCGUUCAAAGCGUGCAACUCGUGAGCCUUCCAGGCAGCCAUUUGGUCUUUCAGGUGGAAACAGCGCACCUCCCGGGACAAAUAACAGCAAUAGUCGAAUGCAGUAUUUAUACCUUAAUCAGUUACCUUUCAAUAUUAGCCAGUCAUCUGAAUAUGUUGAAACAAUAGCAAGGUAAUUUGCUCUUCAUUAGUUGCAUACAUAUAUUUUCUCUUUUACUAGGCUGGCGUGCCGCGCUAUAUAAAAUCAAAAAUAAUAAUAAUAAAAUCAUGAUUAUUUCACCUUAAAAUCAUUUUAUAAUCUUUUUUCAAGAUUUGGAGCUAAUGGUUACUUCUGAAAAGCAAUUGAUUUUGAUUAAAAAAACAUUUUAAAUCAUCUAGUGUAUUAUUCCAUUAUUUCUGUCCAAUUUUCUCACCUCCCUAAGGAAUUUUUUUUUUUUUUUCAAUAUCUCACAGGCUGAAUCAGCAAAGAAGCAGUAAGAGAUAAAGAUUAUCUCCCUUUGUCUUCGAUUAUCUCCCCUUGACCAGAAUUCAUCCCGCUCUGACAUUAUUCUCUGUAUGUAGAUGAUGUUAACAGUUUCCUAAUUAAUUAAAGAUUAUCUUAUUUCAAACCUAAAGAUCACCUGCUUUUAUAAUUGGAUAAUCUCUGAUCCUGUUGAAUAAUUGCCUUUGUGUGCAUACUUUCUGCAGAAUAAAAGAAAAUAAACUUUGAUAAUUGAAUCAUUCAACAAGAUUUCUGGGAUAUCUGUUUAAAGGGCACUUGUAAGUGCAAGUAUGCAAUAUUACCUGAUCAAUUUACUGUCAUUAUAGUUUUAAAAAUCUACCUACUUAAAAGCAUCAAUUUUUAACUUAUUUACUUAAGUGGUAGGAACUAAUAAGUUAUGGUAUAGAGGCAGAAAGAUUUUUUUUAAUAGCCCAAUACUCAUGAAUGAAUUUAGUAAUGUUUAGGUUAAAGUUGGAGCUUUACUUUUAUAGAUACAUUAAAAUAAGAGAUAAUUAGCAUCUUUAGGAAAAUAACUUGAGAAAAUGUCCAGAAAUUUAGCUAUUUUUAUCAUAGUUCAAUGUACCAUAUCUCCAAUUAGAGAGUUCAUACAUACAGCUGGUAAAACAUUGGCAAAUAGCAAUUGUCUGUCUAUAAAUACUGAUGACAUGUCAGUAUUGAAUCUGUCAUGAUAUUAAAAAAUAUUACUAAGUUGUUUUCACAUGUAGCAUGUUAAAUAUGCCGAAUUUGAAGCAGGAAAUGUCAGUGAGUGAUUUUUGUGAAUGAAAGUCUUGCACUAGUUCAUUUUAAGCUGAGUGUAAAUAUUUGUAAAUAUGAUCUCAGUGAGUCAUUGAUUAGUUUCAUUGAGGUAUUUGGGUCUAACAAAUGUAAAAUGGCUGUGCAAUAAUGUUUCUAUUUAGGUAUGUUAGUUUUAAAAUGUUAGCAUUAGAAUACAGAUAGAGAGGUAACCUACCAAAAAUUAUAAUUUUAAAAAUACAAAUAAUCUUGUCUUUUUUUCAAGCUUAUAGCUAAUGCACGAUUGCUAUAAAUGCCAAACAAUUUAUUUUGUAAUUUACUGUAUUUUUUUAUAUCCCCUAUCUUUUUUUGAAACACUUCAUUUUCCUACCUAAAUUUUAAACAGGGAGAAACAAAUUUUUUAUUCAAGG